UCUUUUGAUAAGAAGAUGAGGGUGGGGGUUAGAGCUGAAUAUACAACUAUACUCUUGUUUCUUCUUCUAUUGCUUCUUUCUGCAGGUAUAUGGUUGAGUUUCCCAAGUGCAAUUCCUUCACUUCCGCACUAUCCUUCUCCUUCUCCUUCUUCUCCUGCAAACACGAUACACGAUACAGUUAGAGAGACAAUGAUGGAUGAAAAACUUGUGAAAUCAAGAUUCAAGAGGGUCUGCGUCUUCUGUGGCAGUAGUUCUGGCAAGAGGGCCUCUUACAAAGAAGCUGCGCUCGACCUAGGCCGGGAGUUGGUUGCAAAAAGGUUGGAUCUUGUGUAUGGUGGGGGGAGCAUUGGGUUGAUGGGUUCAGUGGCUCAAGCUGUUCAUGCCGGUGGCGGACAUGUUCUUGGGAUCAUACCAAGAGCUUUGGUUGGAAAAGAGAGGACUGGUGAGCCUGUUGGGGAGGUGAGAAUGGUGGGUGGUAUGCACCAAAGAAAGGCUGAGAUGGCCCGCCAUUCUGAUUGCUUUAUAGCUUUGCCAGGUGGUUAUGGCACUCUGGAGGAGUUGUUGGAGGUCAUCACAUGGGCUCAACUGGGCAUCCAUGACAAGCCUGUUGGGUUACUGAAUGUUGACGGCUACUACAACUACCUGCUCACUUUCAUUGACAAAGCGGUGGACGAUGGGUUCAUAAGGCCUUCUCAGCGUCACAUCUUUGUGUCUGCCCCAAAUGCCAAAGAGCUGGUUCAGAAACUGGAGGAAUACGUGCCUGUGCAAGAUGAAGGAGUCGCCAAGUUAAACUGGAGCGUAAAAAUUGAACACCCACCUCCUCCACCUACACCAGCAUCCAAACAAGUGGGAUUCACAGCCUUGAAGAAGGCUGAAAUUGCUCUGUGAAGGAAAAAGGAGUAGACUUUGAUUCUAGAAAUAGUAAAACAGAUUUAACAAAAGUGGUAAUUAGGCGUCUUUGUUGGAAUCUUGGUUGGUACAUGCAUGCUCUAAUUAAUCACAGGGCCCACCAUAAUGGUGAUGUGGUGUAAAUUCAAGAAGAAGGAAGGGGAAGGGGACAUAAGUUAUUUUCUUCUUGUAUUUUUGGAAGUGAAAAAUAUGCUUUUGUAUGUCCCCUGGCCCCUGGCCUGGGUGUUGGAUAUGUUGAUAUUUUGGUAAGAAAGCAAGCAGAAGGAACAAAAGGAAUACAACAAAUUGUUGGUACGUAGCAGCUUUAUUCAGUAUAUACUCAGCUCAGCCUCAUUCAGCAUUUCUGCAUUUUUUGCCUGACGCCAGCCUUGCUGUUUUUCUUAUUUUAAACUAGUGUUUUUGUGGUGGGAGAUGAGAUGAUGGUUUAUGGGUUUUGCACCUCACCUUUUGUUUUGUGUUAUCUUGUGUUUGUGAUUUGCUCUCAACUCUCAAGCAAAGGACAAGACAAGUAGCAGUCUAUCACCUUUUUCCCACAACUUGCACAAAAGUAGCAGUCUGACCUCUCAUUUCUACCACUGCCCUUCAAUUUCUUCUUUCCUUAUUCCAAACAUAUUCAGCUUCCUUCUUGCUACUUUUAGUCUUGUACAAUUAUUUGUUACACAGUGGGGGUUAUGUUUGAGGGAAUAUGGAUAUGGAUCCAUUGGGCAUUGCUGCCCCAA